AGAGCAUGGUGAAACAGAAUGGAACAGCCUGGCCCUAAUUCUUCCUUUAAGGAUCCUGAUGAAACAAUACGGGACCUUAUUGGCUUAAUUGGAGCAUACUCUGGAGAGCAAGGAGCCCAACGAGGUUUCCUUGGAGCAGCGGCUGCUGCCCAUGCUAGUCAUCUAAGCCACCAUGAGCUAGUAGAGAGGGCUAGGAGAGGACCUGACCAAGGGGAUGGACACAGACAUCAGGCAUUCAAUUACUUAGUAGCAGCAGCACAGAGAUACCAUGGCCUCCCUCUUCAAGAACCAUACACAAGAGAAGUUCCAAGCCAGCAUGAACAGAGGUCUCUGUCUGUUGCACCCCAUCACAUCCACCUACCCAAUCAAGAGAUGGUUGAGAGGGCUCAUUCUGUAGGUAUUGAGAGGAGGCUGUCUGCGGGAAGCCAUCAUCAAGAAAUCUUGAACUAUCAUUCAGAUGUCCCUGGUCAUCCUCAGCAUAUAUACCAAAGACCUGCUUCUGCAGGACCAUUGGUCCAUCGACAUCCAAUGCCUCAAGAGAUGCUCACCAACAAUGCCCCUCCUUCUGCUGACUCCAUAGUUAGAGAAGCAUUUGUACGAUCGAUGGCAGGAGAAGAAGAUGAUCAAUCAGAUUAUUUACAACCUUCUGGAGGACAGCCUUCUACCCAGCAUACUGAUAGUACAUCUGUCAUUCAAAAAGCUUACGAGCAGGUGAUGGGAACUGAAGAAUCACCAGAGUCACCAUCUCCUCCUCCUCCUCCUCCUCCUGCUCCUGCUCGGUCUGCACCUCAUCUUCCUCAACCCAAUACAGCUACUAUUACUGUAUCUCAGCUAGAGAUACUCAGUCGUCGUCAACACCAACAGCAACAACAUCAUCUGCCUCCUCAUUCUUCUCAUCAGGGCACUGACCACAUAAAGAUACUAACCAGCUCAGAAAACAUUAAGCCUCAACACCCAGAAGUAGACUCCCGGCAAGAUAAACAGGAGAUAGAAUAUCAAGCUCCAGCUGAAAACAUUGAUAACAUAAAGCAGAGGCUUCCGGAAACUGUGGCAGAACCAGUACAGCAGUUUCCCCAAAAUGAAGGUGAAGGGAAGGGUGAGAGCCACCAAAAUGGUGAUUCCAUUAAAAGUACAGGUAAGACUGCUGCAGAGUCUGGGGUUGCAGAAUCUGGAGUGACACAGAGUGCCAAGUGUGCCAGCUGCCUCACCAUGUUCGUACCAACCGAUGGUGAAGUUGAACCAGGAGUUUUCCCUCUGUGCCCGGAUUGUUUGCAACGCUUCACCAGUACCUUGCCGAGGUGUAAAGAAUGUGGUAAGAAGCUUACAACAGAUGAAAGCCUUAUAACCCACCAGUGUGAUGGGCAGGGGGAGAGUUUUAUGUGUGAGGUGUGCGGAAAGGUAUUUAGCCUUGCCAAACAUCUUUCCCGACACAAGGUGGUCCAUAAUCCCUUCAAGGCUCACCAGUGUGACCAGUGCGGCAAGCGAUUUGGACGGAUGGAGCACCUUAAGCGGCACAGGCAAACCCAUGCAGCCAACAAGCCUUACAUGUGUGACAAAUGCGGGAAGACAUUCAGUCGCAGUGACAAUCUCAAUACUCACAAGUGCAAUCUGGGUGAACCUCGUCCCAGACAGAAGCGGAGGCCUCUCACCUUUGAAGACACUGGAGAAGUUCAUCCUUGUGACAUGUGUGACAAGAAGUUUCCCACCCAUCAGAAAUUGAAGCGCCACAAGCGGCAGCACAACCAGACAAAGCCCCACCAGUGCAACCAGUGUGACAAAUCAUUUUCUUGCAUAAGUCAUUUAAAGCGCCACAGGAUGGGUCAUCUUGGAGUCAAGCCAUUCUCAUGUUCUCUCUGUGGAAAGGCCUUUGGUACAACCAGUCAUCUUAAUAGACAUAUGAUGACUCACACUGGCAGCAUCAAACAAGUCCAACAGCCACUUCCUCCCAUCAGCACCAAUAGCCACUUUCCUCUUAUAAUCAACAAGGAUCCUCCGAAUGAAGAUUCAAGACGAAGCCAUUUUCCUUCUCACCAAUAUGAAGAUCCUGAUGAUCGGGAGCACAACACAGAUAUGUAUUGCUGUCACUUGUGUAAGAGAUACUUCAAUAAUCCAAUCAGCCUAAAUCAGCAUCAGUGCUUUCCUGCUGAUGAAAGCCAUGACCAAGGUUCUUCUGUGCAAGAAUCUUUUACAUCGCCACCUGCUUCAAGCAGCAAUCAUUACAACUCAGCCAUGACAACUCCAACUACAACUGCAUCCUUGCCAGCUCAGCCCGAGGCAACACCUCCAUUAUCUACUCUACCACAGCCUCUUGAAGCCGUUGGAUUAUCACCGAAGAUUGGGAUGCCUUUGCCAUCUCAAGGAUAUAAAGAUUUAGUAGAGACUGCACAACAUCUGAUUGCUGAGAAAGAACCUCAUCCAGAGUCUCUGAAACCUGGACCUGGAGAGAAAGGCAGUGAACCUGUGCAAGACCACAAAAAUUUAAGUGAAAUUGAUACCAGUGAAGAAAUCAUUGAAAAUGAGAAGAAUCAGUCGAUACCUACUGAAAUCAGGGACCAGAUGCUCACUGAAGAAGAAGUUCAGAAAAGACUGUUUACUUGUAAAGUAUGUGGUAUUUUUUGUGGUUCCCUGUCAGGUCUCCAGCUGCAUGUACAAGUUCAUACUCUUGAACGCCCGUUCAAGUGCGAGACAUGUGGCAAACGUUUUCGAAGACAAAGUCACAUGGAACGUCAUCGCCUUAUUCAUUCUGGUGUCAAACCAUUUUCAUGUGAUAUUUGUGAGAAGACGUUCACCCGUCCCGAUAACUUGAAUUUCCAUCGAAGUACUCAUUUCAAGAAUGAGGAAUGUGAACCGAUCCCCUGUGGAACCUGUGGAAGAAAAUACCCAAAUGUUGAAAUCUUUGGAAAGCAUAAAUGCAUUGAUCCAGCAACAGCAGCCAAACUGCCAGUACAUCUCCAACCAAAAGUGAAAAAGUACUACAUUGGUGAAAAUGAAGAAAAGUCGUGUGAAGUGUGCGGCAAGGUGUUUCGAUCAGGGAGCAGGUUGACCAGACACAUGCUGAUUCACUCUCGGCCGAAUAGUUUCAAAUGUGAUGUCUGUGCCAAGGUCUUUAAUAGGCGGGAUCAUUUAAAAAGGCACCAGCUCACCCACUCGGGCAUCAGACCAUAUGGUUGUACUCAGUGUGGAAAGCGCUUUGUACGCAAUGACCAUUUACAGCAUCACAUGCGUUGUCACCUGGUUAGUGAGGCAGCGAGCAAGGGCAGAGGCGGAGGAGUAGAAGGAGCAGAUAGAGAAAUAGGAAGAGGCAGAGGAAGACCAAGAGGCAGACCAAGAGGCAGAGGGAGACCAAGAGGUGUAGGAAGAGGGAGGGGUAAACUGGCUCAGGUCAAACCAGACAAUGCUUUCUUCUGCCAUGUAUGUGGAAUGAGAUUCAGCAACAUGGCUGAACUGGAGCAGCAUCAAUGUACCAGCACUUCCCCAAGCCAAGCUGUUAUGACAGUUCCUAAACCGCUGCAGAGGAUUUCCCAAAGAAAGCGUAAAUCCAGGUUGCAUUUGACCAGAAGGAAGAUAAGUAAAGGCCCUACAGUCAAAGAAGAUGAACAUGAUAUGGGAAUAAAUGAAGAAGCAGGACCUUCGCGCAGGAAAAGCACCAGACCAAGGAAAAAUUCAAUGAGACGGUUUAGUGCAGUCCUGACGAGUGAUGUUAGUGAUGAUGAAGGGGCUAAAGGAACAAUAGCGUGGGACCAUGAUACUCCAUACCCAAGUAGAAAGAUAGGUAACCUUGAGCCAAGAGAAACCCAACUGCGUUCUUGUAGAGAGAACAAGCUGCAUACCUGUGACAUAUGUGGGAAUGUAUUUCACCAUUUCCAGCUUUUCCAACAGCAUCAAAUGAUCUGUGCAUACAAGACUUCGUCCAUGUUCUAUGAUGAACCUGAACCAGAGCUAGAUCCAGGGCCAGAGGAGAUAGAGAGUGAACAUGAGGAAGAGCAUAUACAGGUUCCUGAACCAGAUAUACCCAUGAACACUGCAGUUGUCCUUGCAGGACAAGUAACAAAGGGUACCGAUGAGGAUGUCACAUGUGGUGUUUGCGGGAAGUCUUUCAACAGAAUGGAGAAGCUGAUGAGACAUGUGAAGAUUCACACAGCAGACAAGAAAUACGAGUGUGAGUUUUGCCAAAAGACGUUUGGCCGGUCAGAUCAUCUUGCUCGGCACAGACGUACUCACACUGAGAAGAAAUUCCAUUGCAAGAGAUGCGGUGACAGGUUCAAAGAUGUCAAGGAAUACCGUCUCCACAUGGAAACUCACAAAGAGGCUCCAGUUGAAAAAGCUUAUUCCUGCACGAUGUGUGAUAUGUCGUUUCCGAAGCACACUACUCUCAUCAAGCACAAACUGAGCCACAAUGUGGAAGGUCAGCAUCAGUGCAAAAAAUGCGGGGAUGCAUUUCCAGAUGAGACUAAUUUAGAGUCUCAUGAGUGUCAGCAAGACGAAGAAAAGGUUCACACAUGCUUAGAUUGUGGCAAAGGUUUCAAGACCGUGUAUGCUCUCACUCGCCAUCUCUUUUGCCACACUGGAUUGCGCCCAUAUGAGUGUGAUAAGUGUGGCAAAAAGUUCACACGUAGUGGACAUUUGCGUCGCCACCAGAUUUCACAUUCUGAUGAAAAACCAUACAGCUGUGACCUCUGUGACAAGAAAUUUAGAAGAAUCGACCACAUGCGGAUUCAUAGAAAAACACAUGAAAAAAAGGCCAGAGAAAAGAGAGAACCGUCUGAAAGGCCAUAUGGUUGUGAUGUCUGCAAUAAGAAAUUUCGAACAGAGCCUGCUUUGGAAAGACACAAAACUCGCCAUACGGUAGAACGUCGCUAUAUGUGUGACAUCUGUGGUAAAACCUUCAAGCGAAUGGAUAAUUUGAGGAUGCAUAAUCGAGUACAUACUGGGGAAAAACCACAUACCUGCAAGGAAUGUGGCAAGCAGUUCUCACAUCACACUGCUUUAAGAGGUCACAUGCGUACUCACUCUGAUGAACAACCAUACGUGUGUGAGAUCUGUGGACGUGCCUUCAAGCAUCCACACAAUAUGCGGUCUCACCAGUAUGUACAUGGCCUUCAAAAACCCUUUAACUGUGAACAUUGUCAAAAGCCAUUCAGAGACACUUACCAUCUGAGGUUGCACAUCUCUCGAUGCCAUGAUCCAGACAGAGUCAGGAAACCCCGUGGUGGAGGAAGAAAAUCAAGUACUUCAACUACAAGUGCAACUGCAUCUGCUUCAGCUGCUGCUGCUGCAAGUGCUGCCAGUGCUGCUGCAGCUGCUGCUGCGGCUGCAGCAAGUGCCAGUAAUCUGAUAAUCAACCCUAACCAGCCUGUUGAACAAAAGCCUGUGAUAAACUCUCCAGUUUCAGAAGCAGGACCGUCUGUUACACCUCACCAGGCGACAGAGAGUCCAUCACCCAUCCCUCCAUCACAUUUUAAGAAGAAUCCUUUAGCAUGUGAGAGGUGUCACCUGGCUUUUCCGAAUGUUGACCUACUUCACACUCAUCAAUGCCCAGCACUAUAUCACAUGUCUCAUGUGUCCCAUACAUCUCAUAGUUCCCACACAUCUCAUAGUUCCCACACCUGCAAUCGCUGUAACCGAACAUUCCAGGACUCUCAUCAGUUGAGGAUGCAUUUGCUUACACACAAAGAAGAUCCCUCUGUCAUAUGUGCCAUCAGUGCCAUCCAGGAGAAUUUUGAGGAACCUCAGGCUAUUCAGCAGAGGUACCAGAUGGCUGUACAUCCUGAUCACCCAGGACCACUGGCAUACACUGUACCUCACCAAACACCUUACAUGAUAUCCCAGUCUAAUCAGCUUGCUUACUCAGUCGCCCACUCUCUUCCCAAUCCUAGAGCUCACGGUACACAUGGAGAAGUGCCAUCUUACCAGAUGCUCUAGACCUAAGGUCUCUGAAAUUAUCUUCUCUAUCUUCUGUAUAUACUGAAAAGGGAUUGAUGAAGGUGCACCAGAUUACAUCAGUAUUCUUGUACAUUGAUAGUCGUACAAUUUGUUUCUCAGUAAUCAAAAUUUCAUAUAGAAUGAUUGUGGUGCUCACAUCUCCCUUUAAUUCAAUACAAAUAUAUACUCAUGGAUGUUACUUUGACUGUUUAUCUCAUAGAUCUUAUAGAAAGACAGACUGAAAUAUUUUCCAAGCAGUCUGUUUCCUUCAAGAUAUUGAUAGUAGACUUCACAUUAUAUAUACACAUGAAAAGCUAUUGUACUAUUGAAUCAUUAUUCCCUUUUUCAUCUGGUUUGGGAUUUACUUUUUAUUUAAACUUUUCCACUUUUCUAAUUUUUGCUAAUUCUAUAUGAAAUGUAUUAUUCUGACUGGUGUGAAGGGCUCUGUUAUUUUAUUGGGGAGGACUUUGGAAAUUAGUGACUUUAUUAUUAUUUUUUUUUACAUGGAUACCAGUCCUUCUGAGAGAUGAUCUUGCCAAAAUGAUAUUCGACAUCUCUUCAAGAUAAAUUCAUUGUAAUUGUACUGGCAAAUGCAAAUUAUCUGUAUAAUCGUGAUGUUAGAUGUAGUUGUGGAGUUAUUUUCUGCAUUUAUAUAUACUUCAUGCCCUUCACACAAUGUGUAUAUACAUGAAGUGUGUGUCUCAAAUCACAUGAAAUAUGAAUGCUCCCACAUUAUGUAAACUGCAGGAAAACUCUGUACUGAUGCUCCUAUUACAAGUGUGUUAUUGAAUGUAUUACAUUAUUACAAUGUGUAGACACUCAUGUAGUCAGAAAGUAUUAUAAUACUUGUAAAUAUCUUGCUUGUGCAGUUGGAAAUAAUGUGCACAUGAUGUUACCAUGUAAUUUACUCAAGAGGAGAGAGGUGUCUUUGAUUUUCUGAAUGAAAUAGAAAAGAGUUAUACUUUAUUAUAUGAACUUUUUGACCUUUCUAUCAUUAAAUAUAUAGUGUAAUGUAUUGAUAACUUUAUGAUAUAUAUAUAUAUAUAUUCACAGGUGAAGUAUGCUAUAGAGUACAAUUUUAUGUCAUGUUUGAUGUUUGAUACUGAUGAAGAUAUUUGUCACUGUUGUGUGUUUUGAUGUACUGUCAAGAAGCCUGUCCCUACAAAGUUUAUUCUCAUCAGACUUACGCUGUAUGAAGUUUAAAAUUCAGGACAUUCUUAAUAAUGAGACCGUAUUAGUUUAUAAUUAUGAAUAAACCUCAGGCGUUAAUUUUGAUAUUAUGAGGGUAAAGAGUUCUGACUAGUACAAAGCACUCUCACCGAAAAGGCUAUUCAGUGAGUUGCGCCAGAAAAAAAUACUUAUUGAUUUCAUUAAUUUAAUGGGCAAAAAAAAACACUUUGUAUCCUCUGCACUCUUGCCUAUUUACCACAAGAUUCUGUUAUUGUGAUUAAAGGGCCAUAGUUUCAAUCAUAUUUUAUUUUGGGACAGGUUCUUGACAGAAAACAAAUAUGAUAUAAUAGUGAAAAUGCAUGCAUGAUGUAUAUGCAUGUAUUACUACACUGAAUUUUAUGUUACAUAUUUGUUUUUGUAUGUUGAUUCUAUGUGUUUAUAUGUAUUUAUUAUGGCAGAAUCAAUUGUAUGGUAAAGUGUUAUGAAAUAGGGGGUACUAAUUUUUUUAUUUUCCUAUUUUGAUAAAUUAGUAACUUAAUUGUGUGAUAUUAUAUGUGACAAUUUGCCUUGCUGUUUAAAGGUACUAUUAUUCUUGUAAAUCGCUUCUUCUGGAUUAGGCUAAAAUAGGUGGGUAGUGCUAAUAUCAAAUUAAAUUUAUUUUGCAUUUUUCUGUCAUGGUUGCAGUAAUGAUGUCAAAAAGUUUGCACCUAUAUGUACUACUAUAUGAUAAAUUUAUUCUAUAUUUUAUAUUUCUACAACUUAAUUACUGAUGAUUUGGAAGAAAAUGGACCUGAAUAAGAUUUUAUUUUAUUUUUAUUUGAUUUUUAUUUCCCCAGAUCGCAAUUUCAUUAAUGACAUUUAUGAAGUUGUUUAAUGAGGUAUAAGUGCUCAUUUUGCUUGACUCUUUAAUAAAGAAUGGUAAAUACAGUCAGGCACUAUUUUCCUUGGUUAGAUAUUGAACAAUGUUGUGUAAAUCGCACUGGAACAUUAAUUUUCGCAUUAGUUGUGCCAGACUCUUCAAAUUUUGAAACUCUUUGAUGCUUGAAGCAUUGUAACGUGAUGAGUAUUCCACGCUAUAGAAGUAGUUUAGUUUAUUUUUAAAAUACAUUUUCUGAUUUGCAAUUCAAUCAAUUACUAUUGAAUAAGAAGACAAUCAUUCCCAAGCCUUAUUGGAAGACUGUCUUUGGAUUCCUGUAAGAGUUGUAGUAUGUUUCCAUUGAAAAAUAUUAUAUAUAUCAAGAAAUAGUUAUUACUACUUCAAGUAACAGAAAUAUACAUUAGCUUAUUUUAUUCAAUGCAUUUCCUUCUAAAAGAAAUUGUGUAUACCAAGAAAAUAGUGCUAUUACUAUUUUAUGUAGAAAAUAUGCACUAGCCUAAUAUAUUCACUACAAUUAUGGUCGAAGGUCCAGGACUGACUUGAUAUUAUGUCGUAGUCCUUGAUUUGUUUAUGAGCCUUAUUGUAUCUACUUGUUAAUACAGUAAUUGUAUUUUGGCCCUUUGCUACCUGUAUGUUAUAUUAAUGUGUGAUUGUGUAAGCAUCAUUUAUUGUUUAUUUGUAUGUAACUGCGUACCACAUGCAAUGUCCUAUGUAGAGCACAAUCAUGUAUUUACUAUUUAAGUGUUAAAUAUGUUGAUUGAAAAACAUUAAACAAUGUAGGGUUCAAAAGCCCAAUUGGCCAUUUUCUUGUGGCAGUUAAAAGAUGGUAAUGAUCUAAACUUUUAGUUGAAAAAUGGCAGAGCAAUGUUCUUAUUAAGAUUUCCAUGUUGGUUUAUUCCCUUGUACCUUUAAUUUUAAGUCUUAAAAAUCAUGUGAAUGGUAAUUGAAGUCAAUUUAAAAUCAAGACAAAUCUAGUGAACAAUGUCUUUACUCUUUCUUGAUG